CGUCACCUGCUGAGCAGCGCCGCAGGUUCCAAUUGAGCGAACAUAUCUAUGGGUCUGAUAGUCCUCAUACAGCUAGGAUGGACAUGUUAGAAAGAGGGGUUGAUGCUGUAGGCACCGCAGCCCGCCACACAAUCCAAGGGGUAGCGCUAUCGCGGGUUCGAGCAUUCAGUGUGCACGACAGGACACGUACACCGCCUGCCACCCAAACGCCCGCACGCCCCGACCACCUACAACCUACAACCUACGCCACCGAAGAGUUGCUCGCUUCCGGCAUUGACAUCAGUUUUGCCUCCAUAAUCUUUGCAUCACCCGAUGACGAGCAUGCCUCUGGCACACAAUCGUACACAUCCCGACGGCAGUGGCAAUCAAGGUUAGCCGAAAUCACAACUUUAGGCUACUAGGCGGCGUACUUGUCAGCUGGACACAUUGUUAUCGAGACGGAGAUCGUCGG